AACGCGCCGAUAAUGUGCGCUGAUAAGCGCCAAAUCGAUAACAGCCUGACAUGGUCUGGUGAAACAGGUCACAGGUCAAAUUUUUAUUAAGGUCAAGGUCAUGAUAUUUUAAGUGUGUGAGUAACAUUGAUCGAUUCGAAGGUAUAGAAAGUUUCGUCGUGAUCCUCCACGUUUUGCUUGAGUUAGUAUGCGAAAAGUCGAGGACAGAAGUCUGUGCGACCCCCUCCCCCUUUAAGUGCAAGGACUAACAAAGUGCAAAGGUUAAGCCUGAAAUGCCUUUUUGGUGAUUGGGCUAGACAUGAACAAAUAUCUACUUCUAAAACGAUUGUAGUUUCGUUCUACUUUUUUAACGCUUCCACGCCCACGAUGCAUUGCUAGCCGAAAACGCUUCAGUGCUAAGUCCGUGGGGAGGGGGCGGGGGAGGGAUGGGGUCAAGCAGGAGAGUCAACCAUGUUGUCAGGGAUCAUACACCCUAAGCCUAACCAUUUAAAGGUGAAAUAAAAUUAGUUAAGGUAGCGGAGGAUGCGAUAUAAAUAAAUUCGUGCUAGGAUCGAUAAAAACCCCACAGUGCGGCGGGGCGCUGACACACGGUGCGUCCCUGUCCGAUGACCUGCCGGUCAGGCCGGGCCGGGUCCCUGUCGAGCGGAGGGCGGUCCCCGCCGCGGGCCGUCGCCGAGACAGAGGGUGGCCACCGUAACGGAGGCGUAUAUAAAUACAGUAGGCGACGCAGGAGGGGACACAACAGACCAGGACACGCGAACAACAUGGCUCGAGGUGCUCGGGCUCUGCUUGCUGUGACGCUGCUCGCGGUGACGGUCGCCGCAGACAAGGGCGCCGCCGUGCACCAUCAUCCGUACGGCUACCGUCCGAUCAGCUACGACUACAAACCCUUCAGCUACAGCUACGGCGUGCACGAGCCGUACCGACAGAACACGAACGUCCACCACUACCAGCACGGUCUCGGCUACGGCUACCCCUACGGCUACGGCCACCGUUACGGCCACCCGUACAACUACGGCCUCGGGUACGGAUACGGUUACGGUCUACCAGCGUACAGCCAUGUGAAGUACUCUGGUUACCCGACGGGCUACGCUCUACAAGUGGCUCACUCGAAAGUGCAUCCCAACAAGUAUGCCAACAGUCACGCAUAUGCUCACAAGCCUGCCGAGUUUGGCUAUAGCUCGACGGUAGUGCACCCUGCCGGCGCGGUGGUGGCGGUGCUGCGCCCUGUAGGCGGAUACGGAAAGCUAAAAGUGCUGCACGGCAAAGCUGCUGAAGAGAAGCCUGGGAAGACUGAGUCGGCUGCUGCGGCAGAUGAUGAGUCGGCGUCAGGAGAGGGGAUGAUUGAUGAGGACGUGAUCGUGUAGUAGACAGCGACCGAGGGACGUGACUGAGACAGCAAGGAUGUCACUGCAUCGCAAAGCAUGCUGGCAUAAUACUAAACGUGGAUGGACACUGUCAGUGAAGUGUGUAUCUAGCUCCAUUUCACAUAUAUUUUGCCUAGAUAUGUUCAAUAAAUUCGUAUGGGCAUUGUUUUUAAAACAA